AUGCCACAUACGGCUGCCCGUCCAGGCUCUCCAGAGGCGACUGCCUCACCUCAACCUCGCCCAACACCUCGCCAUAGGCGUGUGGGUCGCUCUCGGUCUCUCCGAUUGCUCUCGCUCAGCUCUGAGCCAAUUCUUCCCUCUCCAGACCGCCAAAGAACUGGAACGCCCUCGCCACCAGCGUCAGAAGCUGGCAUGGACCAAGAUGCCGCGGCCGAUGCCGCCCUCGAGGCAUUCGACGAAAGGCUUGCUGCCGCCUUUGAGGCGCAGGCUGCUGCUGGUUGGGGAGCUCAAGAGUGA